AUGCCAGGGGGGCUGUCGGAGGACGUCUUGAUGAAGAUAUUUGCAACUCUUGAGGUUCCUGACCUUGUCCGUGCAGGCUCUGUCUGCUCCUCUCGGCUCCAUGCCUACAGUUGCCUUCGGAAACUUGGGGCUAGUAUUCAGCCACAAACACCAAGCCUCGUAUACACCAAUAAGUCUUCAGGUGCAAGCGCUGCAGGUUUCUACAGCCUCGUGGAGAACAAGUCAUACACAUUUACUCUCCCAGACCCUCCUAUCCGUAGCAGGUACCUGAUUGGCUCUGCCUACGGUUGGGUUGUCACCGCCGACGAGAGAUUGCCCUCCCCUUCCGUCACCACCAUUGAGCAGGUGAAGCCCAUCUAUGACAGCAACGGUGCUAUUCACAUGUACAAGUACUCAAGGUACACCGGGACCCACGGUGAACUCGACCCAUCAUCAGUCUUGCGCCUUGACAAGCUGCGGGACUAUAUAUUUCACAAGGCAUUUUUGUCCUCUGAACCGUCCACAGGAAACUACAUUGUAGUGCUCAUCCAUCACCCAUACUGGCAGAUUUCAUUUGCGAGAGGCGAGGAUGAACACUGGACUUGGUUGCCAUAUCAUUCUUGCUAUACAGAUUGUGCUUUCAAGGAUGAGCUAUUGUAUGCAUUGUUAGUUGAUGGAGGAAUCCAUGCAUACAAUCUAUAUGACCCUGCAGUAAAACCACGAGCUGUCAUGGAGGGGCUUAAGGGCUGCCUCCCUCCUAAAGUGUACAUUGUUCAAGCUCCAGUUCGGUGUCCCUCUCGGUAUUUUUGUGUGGGUGGUCAUAAAGCACAUUUGGUGGCCCUCUCGGUGCUGAUUCAGAAGUUAUUUGAUCGCUGUACGUGA